CCUGGUAAAUUUGCCUGUUGAUUCGUAUCUGCAUCCAACCACCAAACCACGCCAGGCUCUUCUCUCCUCUGCCGGUGUUUUUCAUCAGUGAAAAGGGCUUUUGAGUUGUGACCUAACUCUUUCUCCUUCAGUGAAAACUCAUAUGUCCUUCCGACAACGUUUUUUAUUGCUUCACUCAAUGCCAGACUUUUUGUAUUUGACAAUUUUUCCCCACCAGUGAUCCCUGUCUUUACCAUCUACAUACAAAUCUUACUUAAAUUAAUGUUUUCGAGUCGAAUUUAGUAAAAAGCUUUACUGUAGUUGAGGUAUGGAAGCUCAGUUCUUUCGCUUUCUGAAGAUUGUGGGUGUUGGUUUUAAAGCGAGAGCUGAAUCAGGAGGGCGUCUCUUGUUUUUAAAAUUAGGAUACAGCCAUGAAGUUGAACUGACGGUACCUCCAGCUGUCCGAGUAUUUUGCUUUAAACAAAAUGUAGUUUGCUGCACUGGGAUUGACAAGCAAAGGGUGCACCAGUUUGCUGCAGCUGUUCGUAAUUGUAAGCCGCCUGAAGUUUAUAAGGGUAAAGGUAUUAUGUAUUUAGAUGAAGUUGUCAAAAAGAAGGCAGGGAAGAAGUCAAAAUGAACUGUAGUUUUGUGCCUGGUUUUCUGCAUUUUGUUAGGUGGGUACUUUUCUAAUUGAUAACUUAAGGUGAAACCACAUGGUCAAUGCCUGAAUCAGAGCGUUCUUUUGUCUGCUGACUUUCUAUUCAGAGGGGCUCUCUCUCUAUGUUUAUUACUGGUGCCUUGGAGUUCUGUUCUUACUGGCAUGACUGUUAGCACCAAACCUUAUAUACUACAUUGUCAAUUGAAAUAUGUUGAGAGCCUUACUGGGCUUUGAAAAUGUUGAUUUUGAUGUUAGCAGUGCAAAUUCUAUUAUUUCCGGAAAUGCCUAGUAGUCCUUGUAAGAAUGUUGAUUCAAUCUUUUGGUGUCCUUAAUAUUACAGUUCUUUUGUCUGA